AUGAUGACUGAUCGACGGACAACGGGCACCGACAGUCAACCAGAGAGUCAACUCGACCAAUCGUGUCACGGAGCAGAGGUGUGCGAGGCGAUGACGGCCUGUCCUCUCGCUGCUCAAACGCGUAAGCAUCGCACGUCAUCUUCGUUGAAGCACGUGCCAAUGAAGUGGCUACCUCCGCCACGAGGAUGUGCCACGUGUUCCGAUGACGCGAUCGAGGAGGAAUUCUUGAACGGGAAUCUCACAAUCAGCAAACUGAAGGAAUGA